AAUUUAGCAGCGUACAGAGCAGAUUGUAUUGAUCGUUUAAUGCGAGAGGGCUGCGACUUGGACCCUGUCAUCGGAGACACUGAAUCUGAAAAACUCCUUCAAGAAUAAUACAACUCUUUCGUACACCUGUGAACCACUAGGGUCAAUGGGGGGUCGCAAGAGCCUGUUCAUCUUUCUGAUGAGCCUGGCGUGGAAGUGCCGCUUCAGCAUGCCGUUGCUGCUGAGCGGCACCGUCGCGCUGCUCGGGCAGGCCUGGAUGUUCCAGAUCAGAGUGCACACUGUGCACCGGCUGCAUGAGAACGAGCUGGCGUAUUACGAUGAGAACGACGACGAAGACGACUCCUGGGAGACGGAGUCCACGGACUCUUGGGAGACCAUCGUAGAGGAAGUGGCUUACGGCUGACGGUCGGUGCACUGAGCACCAAAUAACUAUUUAUUAAUCGUAUACAGAUAGAAAACUAUGUGAUAUUAUUUGUCAUAAACUUACUUAAUGAUGUGCUACAGUCUGAUUCAAACUUAAUAUAGUCGCGGAAGUUAGCCGGUGAAGUGAAGUUAGAAGUUAAAUAUUUUCGUGGUUAAUCAACCUUUCUUAAAUAUAGUUCAACGGGUACACACCACGAUAAUAUUUUUGGAAUAGUCGUUAUUUCGACCCAGUUGCAUGGAUCGUCCCGUCGUGACCACGAUCCAUGCAACUGGGUCGAAAUAUCGACAAAUCCGAAAAUAUUAACGUUAAUAUUAUCAUAGAAGUUUUCAUCCCCUAUUUAACGCCUUUGGAGUUGGAAUUUUUAAAGUUUAUUAUUGAAUUUUUAUUUUUAAUCGAAAACCUAAAAUCAGUGUUUCAUGGAUGUAACUUGGAAAAUACACACUUUCAUCCUCUAUUUAACCCUCUUAGGGUUGGAAUUUUCACAAAAUCCUUUCAUAGCGGACGCCUACGUUGUAAUAACUAUCCGUGUGCUAAAUUUCAGGCCGAUCCGUCUAGUGGUUAGAGUUGUGCGUUGAUAGAUCAGUCAGUCAGUCAGUCACCUUUUCCUUUCCACGAGUAUAUACAUAGAUCACAGCGAAAAUUCACAAAAA